ACAAAUAUUUGACUAGAAAUUCGACUGGAAAGGAGGCCGAGCUGAGGGGGGUAAAAAGUUCGGCGAGGGAAGGUGGUUGUCAUGGGGCCACCAGAUACAAUGUUGAUCUGUCUCCCUACUUCCAGCCCUCACUCCCAUAUAAAUAGGCUCCCCCAGCACCAGUCUUUCCUCUUCCUUUCCUUUUCCUCUUCUUCUCUUGUUCCCUCGCCUCCAGCCAACGACUUUCUAACCAACACAACAACCUCUUUGACCAGCAACCCCCCGAUCACCGCCACCACCACUACCACCAUCACCAAUCUUCAAGAAACGAAAUAUCGUUUCUCUUUCAACAUCCAUUAGCCUUCGCUUUUUUAACUUACAACUAUCAAUAUGACCGGACGUAAGUUAUCCCUUUUACUCUACCUUUUCCUCCCCGCUACGCUUUCGCGGUCGGCUCUGUUGUGGUCGCUUUUCCAACCCACGACGCGUCUCCCCAAUACCAGCUAUCAACCAGACUCACCUAGCUUCUAUCAUCAACGAAAAUAAUCCACUAACAUGCUAUUGAUGUAGGCGGAAAGGGUGGAAAGGGUCUUGGGAAGGGAGGAGCGAAGCGUCAUCGCAAGAUUUUGCGUGACAACAUUCAAGGUUAAUACUUCAUUGAGUCCCCGCCAUCUCUGCCAUCCUAACACUAUAAUAGGUAUCACCAAGCCAGCCAUCCGUCGUCUCGCGCGUCGUGGUGGUGUCAAGCGUAUCUCUGCCAGUAUGUUCACUUCACCCCUCGUUCUUCUACUCUUCAAUUCUAACACUCUACAUAGUGAUCUAUGAAGAGACCCGUGGUGUCCUUAAGACUUUCCUCGAAGGUGUGAUCCGUGAUGCAGUCACCUAUACCGAGCACGCCAAACGCAAGACCGUCACUUCCCUCGACGUUGUCUAUGCCCUCAAGCGCCAGGGCCGUACUCUCUACGGUUUCGGUGGCUAAAUACCCUUCCCUCUUAUUUUUUCGGUGUCUAUUUUUCUCGGGGUUUUCC